ACUGGUAUAAAUACAAGUAUCAACGCCGUGGCUCUACUUCGUCCCUGCCCGGCUUCCCGGGCCGGUGUCGGCGGAGGGCUCCCAGCUCCGUGACUUGUUCCGAGAGGGCAGAGGGGGUGAGCGCACCGAGGUGCCGGGCUGAGCCCCGGAGGCGGCGGGGGCCCGGCACGCUGAGAAGCGAGGAGCGCCGGCGCCGGUCCCGGCUGGGCCAGCCGGACACGGGACCCCGAGAACGUGCACGCGCCGCCAAGGCGCUGCGCCCCACAGGCGUCCGCGGCUGCAGGAGGGGCGUUUGCCCCCCACCUGAGUCUCUUCCAGCGCGUCCCGCCCUCCGCUUUGCUCGGCUCCCUCCCGUCCCCUCCUCCUCUGGGGCCCUUCUGGCCGCACUUCCUCUGCUCCCAGCGACUCCCUUGGGAUUGAACGGACCUGCCCGGGCGUCCGGAUCUAAAGUCCCAUUUCUCGGAUGGAGGCUCUUGGCCAGCAUGGCCCCCACGCUGCAGCAGGCGUACCGGAGGCGCUGGUGGAUGGCCUGCACGGCUGUGCUGGAGAAUCUCUUCUUCUCUGCCGUACUCCUGGGCUGGGGCUCCCUGCUGAUCAUGCUCAAGAACGAGGGAUUUUAUUCCAGCCUGUGCGAAGCUGAGAACACCACUAACACCACUCAAGGUGCACAGCUCCAGAAGCCCAGCUGUGACGAUCAGGAAGAGAUGCUCAACCUGGGCUUCACCAUCGGCUCCUUCGUGCUCAGCGCCACCACCCUGCCGCUGGGGAUCGUCAUGGACCGCUUUGGCCCCAGGCCCACCCGCCUGCUUGGCAGCGCCUGCUUUGCUGCAUCCUGCACCCUCAUGGCCCUGGCCUCUUGGGACACCGAAGUUCUGUCUCCAUUGAUAUUCCUGGCGCUGUCCCUGAACGGCUUUGGUGGCAUCUGCCUAACGUUCUCUUCACUCACGCUGCCCAACAUGUUUGGGAACCUGCGCUCCACCAUCAUGGCCCUCAUGAUCGGCUCCUACGCCUCUUCGGCCAUCACAUUCCCAGGAAUCAAGCUGCUCUGUAAUGCUGGUGUGUUCUUUGUGGUCAUCAUGUUCACCUGGUCGGGCCUGGCCUGCCUCAUCUUUCUGAACUGUGCCCUCAACUGGCCCGCCGAGUCCUUUCCCGCUCCUGAGGAAGGCAGCUACACGAAGAAGAUUAAGCUUACCGGGCUGGCCCUGGAUCACAAGGUGACAGGUGACCGCUUCUACACCCAUGUGACCAUCGUGGGCCAGCGGCUGAGCCAGAGGAGUCCCAGCGUGGAGGGGGAUGACAUCUCCUCUCAGGACGCUCCUGGCAGCUCAGAAAACCCUGAUGAGAAGUCUGUCCCCUUCUGCAAGAGUCUCUGCUCCCCCAUCUUCCUGUGGAGCCUCCUCACCAUGGGCAUAACCCAGCUGCGGGUCAUCUUUUACAUGGCUGCGAUGAACAAGAUGCUGGAGUUCCUUGUGACCGGUGGCCAGGAGCAUGAGACAGCCGACCUGAAACAAAGGGCAGAAGAGACAGUUGAGUUCUACUCCUCCAUCUUCGGGGCCAUGCAGCUGCUGUGUCUUCUCACCUGCCCUCUCAUCGGCUACAUCAUGGACUGGCGGAUCAAGGACUGCGUGGACACCCCCGCUGAGGGCCUUGCCCUCGGAGACGCCAGGGACGGCGUUGCUACCAAGUCCGCCAGGCCGCGCUACCUCAAGAUCCAGAAGCUCACCAACGCCAUCAAUGCCUUCACCCUGACCAACAUUCUGCUUGUGGCUUUUGGCAUCACCUGCCUGAUCCACAACUUACACCUCCAGUUUGUGACCUUUGUCCUGCACACUGUGAUCCGAGGUUUCUACCACUCAGCCUGUGGCGGCCUCUACGCUGCUGUGUUCCCGUCCAGCCACUUUGGGACGCUGACAGGUCUGCAGUCCCUCAUCAGUGCCCUGUUUGCCCUGCUCCAGCAGCUGCUCUUCGUGGCCAUGGUGAAACCCUUGAAAGGGGACCCCUUCUGGGUGAAUCUGGGCCUCCUGCUCUUCUCACUCCUGGGAUUCCUGCUACCUUCCUACCUCUUCUACUACCGUGCUCAGCUCCAGAGGGAGUACGCCACCGACUGGGAGGGCCCACAGAAGGCGCUGCGCAGCUCCGAGGUGACAGCAUAGACCUCUGAGGCCAAGGGACCUGGGUGACGGGCCACCAAGGCCUGAGCAACCAAAGGGAAUGCCUCGUACGGCUUUUCUACCUGUAAUCCUCACAGAGCCAGGGGAUGUGGAUUUAUAAAUACCAAGAGAAGUUCUAUUUUUGUAGGGACUUGCUAAAAGAAAAAAAAAUCCCUAAAAAAAUUCCCCCAAAGCAAUGCACCCUUGACUGAAGACAGACAGCCCCUGUGCUAGAAGGAUGGGGUGUCUUCCUCCUACACUGGAGGAGACCAGGGUGUGGAGCUGCCCUUUCUCUGGGCCUAUAGCCUCCUGGUGCCUCCUGGGGCUUGUGGGAUUAGCAAACAAGCCCUGCUUGUGCAAGGCUCAGAGCGUGCAUGCAAGUGUGUGCAGUUGUGUGUGUGUGUAGGAACCAACCUUUCCCUAGAGGAAAGGGGCCUGAGGUGCUGGCUGAGGGAUGGGGUGGGGUAGGGGGGAGUAAGCCCCUUUCAGGGGUUGGAGGGCAGGUUCCCUCCCUGGUGCUGCUUCUUGCAGAUCUCAGAGGAAAUAAAAAGGGAAGUGAGAGA